UGAACUUCCUACUCCUUCCAAAGUUCUUCGAUAUUGGGCGCAGCUGGCCAAACCACAGACACCAGCGUUUCCCCUGGUCUAUCGACUAUUGAUUUCAGUUACCCUUUUUCUCACGACCAGCUCUGACUGGAUUAGCACCAUAUAAACAGCACCCAUCGUGCUCUAAAAGCUUCAUUCCCCGACUUGCUCCUGGCCUCGUACUCAUAACACCGGUUCAUCAUGCGCGCAUUCCAGCUUUUAGCACUAUUAGGAGCUGUAUCCCUCACUCACGCCCAGGAGACCAACUUCAGCCCCGCGGACGACAGGCAUGACCUGGUUUACUCAAUCGACCGAAGUGCACCGCCGCAAGGGGUCAACUACAACUCCGCCCUAGUGUUGCCAUCAGGAAUCGUAGCCGUCGAGGUUAGCGCCACUCCGCAAGCCUCAGAGCCGAAGUUCAUGAAGAGAACAGACGGCACAUGCCAACCCAAGCCCACAGGAGCUGGAUUCAAGGUGGAACCAGACACAAGCUAUGCAUUUCUCAACUCUCCACAACUGGCUUCGGCAGCUAGCUUUGCGCCAACCCCAUCGAACUAUACGCAGGCCUUCAGGAACCUCCAUGCUUCCAGCAGCGCUUACGGCUUUCUAGGGUACAUCGCUUUGGAUUCCUAUGAUACAAAUCUGUGUGCAUCCAAGUGCAAUGAACAGGACGGUUGUCUCGCCAUCAACAUCUUCUUCGAGCGUAACCCAAGUCAAGAGGUCGGCCCCAAAUGCCCGAACCCGCCUUCAACAACACAUAUUAAAUGCGCGUUUUGGAGUGGACUAGUUACUAUAGAAAACACCAAUAACGCCGGGUACACCGAUCAUGACUUUGAGGUUGUGAUUACAGGCUCGAAUGGAUACAAUAAAGGGAAGAUGGAUAGAGUCAAAGGGUACAGUGGAGUCAAAGGAUCUUCGCCGAGGGCCCUUUCGAAUCCGUUAUUUGUGUUAGCACUUGUACCGUUGCUGGGGCGUGCAAUGUAGCGCAUCCACCGGCUUCUAGCAAAGCGCGGACCUUUGGGUCGCAAACACACCGGACAAACCCAAAGUGCACUCUUCAAUCACGGUGAGCUUCACAAA